AUGGGUCAUCACGGCUUGUCGAAGUUCCGACCCAGGAAAGUCCCCGGGCCACUUGUGCGCAGAGAUGCGUUCUUGGUAACGAGAGAAUCAUGCGGUGGAGAGAUUAAAGCUGAGACACGUGUGUGGAGCUUUCUCUACCGGAUGAUAUCAUGGCCGUUCGUAUUACGACAGUUAUUCACCUGGUCCUUUGUCCGGACUAACUGA